CUCCCAGGGAGCCCGUGUGGCUGCUCCAGAAGGGAGGGCGCAGGCAAAGGAGGCCUCGGACGCCUGAGGCCCAGCGGCCUGUCCCCUCCCGGCGUCCCCGGCUGCCCUCGCUCCCAGGAAACGCCGUCUCAUUUGCGGCCUUCCGACGCGUGACCCCGGCGCGCUCGCGUCCCGGACCCGGUGACAGGUGCGGGCCGUCAAGCGGUCUCAUGUGCUCCCUCCUGCUCGCGGCUGCCGCAGUCGCCGCGCCCCGAACCCCACUCCGGCUCGUCGGCAGAGGGCUCGUCGCCGCCAUGUCUACCGCCAAGCCACUCAAAUCUGUGGACUACGAGGUGUUCGGGAAAGUGCAGGGUGUUUGCUUCAGAAUGUACACAGAAGACGAAGCUCGGAAAAUAGGAGUGGUUGGCUGGGUGAAGAACACCAGCAAAGGCACUGUGAUGGGACAAGUGCAAGGCCCUGAAGAGAAAGUCAAUUCCAUGAAAGGAAUGCAGACUUCCGGUCAAGAUGGCGGAAUAGACAUCCCCAGCGUCACUCUCUCCCACAAAUCAACGAAUUUACAACUAUAAAAAUGUAACAUCAGCUAAGCUGGGGCCGCUGGAGCUCAGGGGAAGAGGAGAGACCUAUGGAACUCACGAAAGCAGGAGAAACCACGAUGAGAGAAAGAAAAACCUGCUCUCAGCGUUUCAGGCCGCAGCCACUUUAAUCCUGGAGCGCAUGGGGUGGGAGCCAGCAGGAACCGCAGCUGUGCCCUUCAGAUGGAGUUACUUGGAGGUGGAAGGGGAGAAGAGGACUUUGGUGGCCCUCAGGACAGCAAGACCACUAAUAGGGUUCCUGUGGACCCAUGCAGGAGCAAGGAGCCAGAACAACUGAAAAAAGGGGAGCCAUUCUGAGGCUGGUGAGUCAUUACAAGAGACCGGGCCAGGGCCCAUCCCAUGGGAAGUGUUUGGAACACGGGCAGUGGGGGAGAUGGGCCCACCAGGGGAACACUGGGACAUGGCAAGGACAGCCGACCUGCCCCCCAGUCAGCACAGGACCACCCAGAGGAGACUGGUCAGGAAUGCAGAAUUGCAUGGGGUGCAGUUAUAUGAAAAAACUCAGGCCCAGAUCAGAGUUUCUACACAACCCAAGUGCACUGAGUAUCUGGAGAGCCAGAAGUACCUAUAACAUCAACCAUUAAACCCUGAGCUGCACAAAAAGCCUUCCCUAGGGAAACAGUAGCAAAGCAGCAAUAUACUCAACCACACAGCUCAAGUACUAGUUCCCACAGGAAGUUCCCCCAUGUUAGAAGUAAGCAUAGGACAAAAAAUUGGUUCUGGCCCAGGCACACCAGCAAUGCCUUGGGGCCCACCAUGGGACAUGAGGUAUGGAGCCAGAGGCAAGACCACCACCCACAACCACUCACAUGACCAACACCUAGGGGCCUUGCCCAGGAACCCCAGGCUGGAGCCGGGACCAGACUGCACUUCCACAUCCAGGCACACCACCAAAACCUCAAGGCCCACCCGGAGACCGGACCCCCAUCCCAGAGCCAGGCACACCGUGACAGUGCCUCAGAGCCCCACCCAGGGACCCAAAGCAUGGAUAAGGGGACCAGACCCCCUCCCAUAACCAAGCACACUGUGCCAGCACCCCAGAGCCUGCCCAGGGACCCGGGGCAUGGAGAAGGGGACUGGAACCCCCCUCCUGCAACCAGGCACACUGCACCAGUGCCUCAGGGCCCACCAGGGACCUGGGGCUUGGAAAAGGGGACUGGCCCCCCCUCCCACAACCAGGCACAUCUCACCAGCACCUCAGGGCCCACCCAGAGUCCUGAGGUAUGGAUCCGGGGACCAGAUCCCCCUUCCUACAACCAGGCUCACCUCACCAGUGCCUCGGGGCCUGCCUGGAGACCUGGGGCACGGAGAAGGGGACCGGACCCCCCCUCCCAGAACCAGGCUCACUGCACCAGCGCCUCAGGGCCCACCCAGGGACUCCUGGUAUGGAGCCAGGGAUCGGACACUCUCCACAAUCAGGCACACCGUCAGCACCAAGGAGCAUGCCAAAAUCAUCUUCUCCAUGUGGGUGGCCCACCACAGCCACCACAGCAUCAUGGCUACCACGAAAGCGGCUAGAUGCCACAACCACCAUGCAGAUGGUCUGCCAGCCACUGGAGUGCAUUGACACAAGAAGAGUCACCAGCAGAGAUAAAGAAAGGAGGAGGAUGUCUGUCUCCACAGAGCCCAUUUCUGAGCGAUGGAAGAGGCAUCUGCUCUGUGAUUGUAUUGGGGGACCUGAUCACACCUCUCAGCAUUGGGCAGAUCAUUUGGGCAGCAAAUCAACAGAGUAACCAUUAUUCUUUCAGAGGGAGAGAAGAAA